CCCGGGCUCUAUCUCGCGCGGCGGAGGAGGAGGAGGAGCCGCGGCUCCAGGAGCGACGCAUUCUGCUGCUGGGGGCGGCGCUUCUCUCCGCGUGACGUAACGCGAAGGCGCACUCUGAUUGGCCGGACGCGCGCAGUGGGCGGAUGAUGCACGCGUAGUGGAGGAAAAAAAAAAGAAAACAACAUUAAAAGAGCGCAGAGCCAAAACUCCGACCAACGAGCCGAACUCCGAGCCGGAACCACCGCGACAGACCGACGAGACCGGGCCCGAACCCAACAGGGAGGCGGCUGCGGCCUGUGAACCCGGCUGGAAGGUUCCGAUUGGAAGGUUCCGGCCGCUGCAAAAGCGACGCGUCGUCCCGCGAGGAUGAGCUGACCCGGAGACGGUUCCGCUCCGACGGCAACACCGACGCGGACCGAGGCUCCUUCGGAUUAACCAGAGCGCGGUUCCACACGGUUGGUUCCACCUUGGGCCUCGGUUGUUGAGCGGACAUUUCGGCGGAGGAGUCGCGGCUCCGGUGCCGAUGCCCUCGGCGGACUGGCUCCAUCAUGGCCGGAUCAUGAGGUGCCUGACGUUCCUGCUGCUGCUGCCUGAAGCCCUGAAGAAGCCCAGCAAGCUGCCGCCGCCGUGUUCCGAGCUCCAGUCCCUGAAGCAGAGCCAGACGAUGGCCGCGGAGCUCUACACCGCCAACGACGCCGGCGGCAUCACCGCGGUGCCGGACACCGAGCGGAGCAAGGAGCUGCAGGUGGACCGGGCCGAACCGGAGGAGGAGGAGGCGGCGGCGGCGGCCGGCAGCCCCAGCAGCCAGCGGAGCGUGAGCCAGGCCGAGGCCCGCAGCCACCCGACACUGCGAGAGAGGAACGCCUUGAUGUUUAACAAUGAGCUGAUGGCAGAUGUCCACUUCAUGGUGGGAGCCCCGGGCGAGUCCCAGAAGGUCCCCGCUCACAAGUACGUUCUGGCCGUGGGAAGUUCCGUGUUCGGCGCCAUGUUCUACGGCGACCUGGCCGAGGAGGAGUCCGAGAUCCUGAUUCCUGACGUGGAACCGGCCGCUUUUCUGACCCUGCUCAGGUACCUGUACAGCGACGAGAUCCAGCUGGAGGCCGACACGGUGCUGGCCACGCUCUACGCCGCCAAGAAGUACAUGGUGGCAGCGCUGGCCCGGGCCUGCGUCACCUUCCUGGAGAGCAGCCUGGAGGCGCGCAACGCCUGCGUGCUGCUGUCGCAGAGCCGCCUGUUCGAGGAGCCCCAGCUGAGCCAGCGCUGCUGGGAGGUCAUCGACGCGCAGGCCGAGCUGGCGCUGCGCUCCGAGGGCUUCUGCCAGAUCGACCCGCCCACGCUUGAGAUCAUCCUGCGGCGGGAGACGCUGCACGCCAAGGAGCUGCUGGUGUUCCAGGCCGCGGUCGGCUGGGCCGCCGCCGAGUGCAGGCGGCGGGGACUGGCGCCCACCGCCUCCAACAAGAGGGAGGUGCUUGGCAAGGCGUUGUUUCUGGUCCGCGUCCCGACCAUGAGCCUGCAGGAGUUCGCCGACGGCCCGGCUCAGUCCGACAUCCUGACCCUGGAGGAGACGCGCAACCUCUUCCUGUGGUACACGGCGGCCAACAAGCCGCGGCUGGACUUCCCGCUGGUGGCGCGGCAGGGACUGGCGCCGCAGCGCUGCCACCGCUUCCAGUCCUCGGCGUACCGCAGCAACCAGUGGCGCUACCGAGGCCGCUGCGACAGCAUCCAGUUCGCCGUGGACAGACGCGUCUUCAUCGCCGGCCUGGGCCUCUACGGCUCCAGCGGCGGCAGAGCCGAAUAUGGCGUGCGGAUCGAGCUGAAGCGGCAGGGCCUGCUGCUGGCUCAGCACCUCACCAAGUUCCUGUCGGACGGCUCCAGCGGGACCUUCCCCGUCUGGUUCGAGCACCCGGUGCAGGUGGAGCAGGACGCCUUCUACACGGUCAGCGCCGUGCUGGACGGCAGCGAGCUCAGCUACUUCGGCCAGGAGGGCAUGACGGAGGUCCAGUGCGGGAAGGUCACCUUCCAGUUCCAGUGCUCCUCGGACAGCACCAACGGCACCGGCGUCCAGGGCGGCCAGAUCCCCGAGCUGGUCUUCUACGCCUGAAGCGUGGCCUCGCAGCCUGGCUCUCACGUGUAGGUGCUGCGUUCACUCAAGCUUAUUCAAGUGGGCGCAGCUACGGCAACGCGGCGGGAACAUUUCCAGCUGGAAACCCGCUUGCACUUUGGGAUGUUUUCAGAGAGCUGCUCGCCCGAGGAGGCCCCCUGGUGGCCGCGGCCAGUUUCAUUUAAAAAGUUUCUGAUGAGAAGUUUGAUAUUUAUUUUUGUUAUAUCUUCUGUUUGCCUGAGCGGCUGCGAUAAUAAAGCGUUACUUUAGCAUCUGGACGAGCGACCCGACCCCUCGCGAGAGCCCCGGCUGAACCCGACCCGGGCGAGAGGAGACGUACCGAUGGCCGGAGCGUUGAUGCACAGCUCCCGAGACAGAGCCAGGAAGGUCCUGCCCAGCACGUAGACGUUCACCUGUCGGACGAGAGCAAGGGUCAGGGGUCAAAGGUGGUCCUCAGAUCGACGUGAACGUGGUUCCUGUGUGUGUGUGUGUGUGUGAGGGGGGGGCGAGAGGAGACGAGCGCCUACCUGCACCACGUCGCUGAGGUCCAGCAGCAUGUCUGCACAGGGGUCAAGGGUCAAGGCGAGGUCAGGCAGAGGGACGGGGCAGGGCUUCAGGAAGGAUACGCGGCGUGCCCUCGGUGCGACACACCAGGUAGAGGCAGGCGGCCACCACGUGCUGCGCCUUGCGUCCGCGCGUCAGGUGCUUGGACAGCGCCAUCUUGUAGAAGUUGAAGGCCGUGUCGAUGCAGUGCUGGUUCAUCUGCAGCUGGUGACCCAGAGUGCUGAUGUGCUGUUUGGCUAAACACGCGGGGAACAACACACGCUCGUCACGCUCGGCUGGCGGCGCCCCCUGCUGGUCACUGACCUCUCUGCAGCGUCUGGGAUCGACUGGAGGAACCGACGCCUGUGUGGUAACCGUCGCCGAAAGUGGGGUUUUUAGCUCCUACGGGGACACAGAGGAGUUGAAAUGUGGCCCGGGUGGGUGACAAGCUUCUGAUGAAGGUUUCCUCUGGCCAGCAGGAAGCGAGCCCACUUAGUCAUGGCCACGCCACUGAAGCGCGCCCUCUGCCGGACGUACAUGCGCAGUACAACAACAACAGUCAGAAGGCGCAGCCGUCACAAGAGCUGCCGUGAUGGAAGGCUUCUGCGCGUCACGUGACCAAACGCUCCGGUUUAAAAGGAGGGUUGGGAUGGAUUUGGACGGUUUUGUUCAGCAACAAACCCUCGGUUCUACGGGGGAUGUCUGAAGACUAGACUGGGCCACUGUUCACCGGCCUCUUCAGAGCCAUACUGGGAGCAAGCGCUCCAUCCAUCGAGCCUCACUCUCACGGAUCAGGAGAACCUCCUCACAAACCGAGUGACUUGGAGCCCGUUUGGUUCUCUGAGGGGCCUCCAGCAGCGCCAGGUCCUACAAGUGGUGCUGGCUCUCACCCUCCGAGGAGACGAACUGUCCGACCGCCAGGGACCCGCCGCCGCCCGUCUCCACGAACUCCACCUCCGACACGAUGAUGUUGUCCUCCAGCACCGAGCCGCAGCCCAUGCAGACGGCAUCGCCGCGAGCUUGAUCCACGUCGAUGUCGCAGCUGCCGCAGUUCUUGCACGCCCUCAUGGUGGCGCUGUCGCCGCUGGUGCACCUGGACGGGAGGAGGCAGGAAGUGAGCAGGGAGGAUGGAUCUUCUGCUGUUUAGAUGAACAGUCGCAGGUUCAUCAAGAACCGGAUCCGGCAAGAGUCGGUGGGUUCCACUCAGUUCUAGUCUAGUAACAGUGACAGUGUUGUGCGUCAGCACUUGACUUCCAUGUGUUUAUGCUCACUUCAAGGAGAAUGCAGCUGGAAUCAUCAGGUGCGCUGCUCCUUGUCAAAAAUCAAGAGGAUGUGAAAAGGUCGUGGCAUCAGACGUCACGGUCCAGAUGGAGGAACUCGCACUCGUGGAGCCGUCACCACGCAAGAUGGACGUGAGACAGACUGCUGAGUUGUCCGCGAGCUGACGUCACAUUGGUGACCCUUGACCCGCAGUGGCAUGUCAGAUCACAACUUGAAAGUUUAAAGGCGCAGCUGGGGUCCACCCGGAUCCCCGCCCCGCGAGCUACGUGGCAGCGCUCGGUCCGGACGACAGGCUCGGCUCGGCGAAACAGACUGGCUGCUCCGUACUGGACCGAGGGAGCGACCGCCCGGCGCCCACGCGGAUCCGCCUGCUUCUGAUGGCCUUCACGGGCGACGGUACCGGUGCGGUCCACGGUGUCGCACCCACCUCUCAGCCGGUGAAGUCGCACGGUCCAGCCCCCGGGUCCUGGUGGACUCAGGUCCUGUUCAGCUCCGGUUCCUCAGACUCCCUUCUCACGGUGCUGUCGGUUUCGAUGCAACGAGCGCUGCAACACCGGUGCAAUAGAACACACAAACACCAACAUGUGCGUCUCAUACCGGGAGAUCCGGGCCGUACCAACCGCCCUGUGUGGGAAGGGGGGGGGGGCAGGACUUGGUAUGGUCUAGGUUGAACGCUGACGGGGCAAUGAUGACGUCAGCGUCAGGACCCCAGCACGCAGACGUCGCCAGGGGCUUCGAAAUGUUAGCCAAAUCAGGGGGAAAUAUAAAGCGCAAUGAAGCAACGUGACGUCAUCUUGGAACCCCCCUUCUCUGAAGACGCUGCGGUCACGUGUAGCUGACGUCACGGCUGUUGAUGUGGAGGACAUGCUGCACCUGAAUGAUGAUCAGGCAGCAGAGGAGAGCUUUAUUACCGUGGUCAGUGGGGAGGCCACCAGCCAGGAAAGUGCUUCAGAAUAAAGUGGUGACAACAAAGGCUGAUCACGAAUUCAACAGUCUUGUUGCAGUUGGUGUACAGAGAGAAGAGCCAUGGAGAGAGAACACAGCCCUGAGGAGACCCGAUGUGCAGGGUCCGAGUGUCGGAGACCCAGCCGCACACGCUGACUCCGGCUGGUCAGGAAGUCUGUCAUCCAUCUGCAGAGGGAGUCAGGCACCUCCAGCUGGCCAGGCUUGUCUUCAGGCAGAGCUGGGAGAAUCCUGUUAAAGGCAGAGCUACAAACAGGAUCCUGGUUCACUGCAUCGUCCGCAGAUCUGUUGGCUCUGUAGGCAAACAGCAAUGAGUCCAGGUGAGAAGCAGUGAUAGAGUUCAGGUGAGAGAGAACCAGGCGCUCAAAGGACUGAAUGACGACAGACGUAGUCCUGUGAUCCUGGCUCUGCUGGGAACAGAGAUGAUAGUGGAGGACUUGAAGCAGGCAGGAACAUGACAGGACACCAAGGAAGCACUGAAGAUGUCCGUGAACACUGGAGCCAGCACAGCAGCACAAUGCUUCAGGAUGGCAGCCUUCCCAAGGUUCCGCUGAGGAGACGAGAGGCGCAUCUGUCCCACAGCCUCGUCUCCAGAAGCUGCACUCUCCGCCAUUUCAAACACAGUCACACACGUGUCUGCGCAGACCUGGUGCCCCCUGCUGCCACGAGGUCCAGGAACACGCACACAAAGCUGCUGUUGAACAUGGGAAUGCGUCUUUAAUCAAAUCAGAUCUUCUCACAGUUGAAUAAAAAGCCAAACAUGUUCUGGAAGCGUCUACAAAACUUUACAAGAUUAUUUACACCCUACAGAACAACAUUUCAAAAUAAAAGCCUUCGACAGUAGAAACCCAGUGGAGACCUCCACGAACAGAUCUUUGGCUUGAGUCCAGACA